ACUGUAUCCAUCCGCAGACUUUGAGGCUCGUACAGUACGUUGUUGGGUUAUGUAUGACGGUCAUGGACUAUUAAUGUCUGGUGAGACAAAUAGUAUUCUCUGACGCCGGAUUGGGUGUUUCUGGGGAGUUAGUGGACGGGUGUUGUGUGGGACUAUUUAGCUGGGCGGAGGGAUCAGGCCUCGGCGCGGAAGAUUUGAAUUUGAAUCAGAAGGAAGAGUUGUCAGCGCCGUGCGGUGCGGUCACUGUGAGACUGUAAUGGCGAGAAGGAACGUUCUGCAGGAGAUCCCCAUCAAGGUGCCUCAGACUGAACAGCAGUCGUAUGAAAUUGUAUCAGAAGACGAGGGAUCGAUCCCUUACAACAAGCAGAUGUCCUCUACAGACUGGCCCCACUCCAGAUACAUCAGCAGUGAUGAGUCCAAGGAGAACAUCACCCCGUUCCUGUUUGAUAAUGGUUUGGAGAAGAAGAGUCAAGUGAAUGUUUUGGACAGCGGCAAUGUUGGUGAUCUACUGGCAGAACCCGGCCCCUCGAGCUCCAGCCAACUUAAUGAUUCUUCAUCUGGAGCUGGGGACAUCUUCACUCCUAAGAAAACAGAGGGGCCCUUUGAAGAUCUGCCGCCAUGUAACUCGCCAAUGAACUUCUCUACAGUCACUGUGGGCGAUCUGGGGAUCUCUACCGAAAGCUUCACGACCAAGUGUUCAGGAAAAUCCCCCAAAUCUUUACAUAAACACAGACGUCGAUCCACCAUUGGAGUCCGUGGGUCCCCUGAAAUGAACUUCCUCAUCCGUCAGAUUGCAUUGCAGAGAAGCAAUAGGAAGAGCGAGCCGGACCCCCUGGAUAGCCCUUUUACAUCUCCACGAAAUUCCGUACUGAGAGAGAAGAUCUCUGCGUUCAGGAACGCUUUCCAAGCAGUUGAGGAAACUGAAGGAAAACCGUCUUUUCCAGGAUUUUCAGAGAACGAGAAAGGUAAGGAAGAGGUGCCAUCUGAACCUUCAGAGAAAAGGAAGAAAGUGCAUGACACCCCCGGUCCAGAAGCUUCCAGUGUACUACACGAACCCUCAGUAACAUUAUGUCCAUCACUGGGAGCUCUCAAGAAAUCUGUGCCUGAGAAAACUUCGGAAUCUGACUGCUCUUUGGCAUCUGGAUCGUCAACUGAAGUCCUCACUAAACCAGUGGAGGUGCAAAACGUUGUGGCCCAAACUUUACCAAGUUCUUCAAGAUGUCGUAAGAGAAAAGUGAUGUUCACAAGUCUUCUCAGUCCACCAGAACCUGAGCAAUCUGUGCUGCUGAAGUCGGAAGCUUCUCCUGGACCAGUCCUAAAACCUGCACUAAAGAAGACUCCUAAAAGAGAUUUCACCCACUUCCGGGUUGGAUUUGCAGAGGAGAGCAGAGUUUUAUUUUCCUUAGAAGAAUCCUCAGACAAUGAGGAAAAUGAACAUAUUAAUAAAGCAGAAGACUCAAUAAGGAAAAAGAAGAAAGUGACCUUUGGCCGGGAGCUGAGCCCUGAGUUAUUUGACAAAUCCCUCCCGGCUAACACCCCUCUGCGUCGUGGCAGUACGCCAUACAAUCACCAUAAAAUAGAGACCACUCCAUCCGAGGAACAAGCCACCUGCCAAAGCCCAUGUCGACCUAUGCCACAGCCGGACUUUGAUGAUAAAGAUGAGGAAGUGACUCUUCAGCCGCUCUCCCUUUGCUUUGAUGCUGAAUCCUCCGACAGUGACUCCCCAGCAUCCUCCUCUGUGCCAGGGCCCAAAGAGGAGUCUAAUCCCGUGGAGGAAGAAGAAGCUGCCAUUCAUACAAGUGGCUCCAAUGACAAUGACCCGGUGAUGUCUUCUAUGGAACCUGUAGACGAGGUCGGUACACUUGAAUCUCUGUCAUGUGCAGAUAUUGUAAAUGCCUCUUUCAUUUCCCCUCCAGAAGUCUCACCUGCCCGCACCCGAAAGCUUCGCUCCUCCGAUAACUGGAAGCUGACCAGCACAGAGGAAAGCAAUGGUUCGAAAGCAGCGGUGACCACAAAAGUCAGAUUGACUGUAAAGAAAGCACGGAAGCAGACUAUCACCAAAAAACUCCUGAUAAAGGCUUCCCGUGUGAAAGGCAAGAAAAAAGGAGGUAAAUACAAAAAGUCUAUGCAAAAGCCUCUGUAUAGCGAAAGAGAAGGCAUUUUAAAGAAGCCUCUGCUGAGUCCGAUCCCUGAAUUACCAGAAUGCAUUCCCACACCUCCUGCUUCCACAUCACAGGACGUUGCAUAUGGUAAAGGUUUAAAUAAACAAUUGGUGAAGAAGGGCCGCGCAAAGGCCAGAGCUGGUAGAGUUCAGGAGAACAAUAUCCGUUUCACAUAUGAAGACUCACUGGAAAGAGAUGUUGAGGAAAAGGAAACCAAAACUUCACCACCCUGUGUUGUAGAAGAGGUUAAAGUGGAUCCAGCACUGGAGGACAUGAAAGCCUUAAACUCUGGAUCACCAGAAAAGAGUGACAACCUUCCUGCUUCUGAGGUAAUAGAUUUAGCAAACCCUAUAAGAGGUGAUGGUCCUCAGACUCCAACUCAAAUUGAGGUAACAGACCAAUUGCCGAAACAGACGACAACAAGUGGUCCUGCUUCCUGUUUGGAAGAGAAGAAAAGUAAGGCCAAAAACACCAAGAGGCGUUCUUCCACACGCAAGUAUACAUCACAUGCUUCCGAAUUACCACAUCAAGUAACUCCAGACUAUGUAAAACAGGAUGAAGAUGCAGAGCUUAUUCUCCACAAGCCAAAGGAAAGCAUGGAUGACCCAGUGCAAAGAACAAUUGCCCCAUCUCCUAUGUCUACUGUACUUUCAGAACAAACCACUACCACCAGCUCCUCUUUAAGCUAUAUCUCUACCGAUCACAAAAAAUCUAGAAGAUCCUCAAGAAUCCAUCAAACGUCCCAUGUGUCUUCUGAAAACUUUGAGCAAAAUGCUCCAGGAGAAAACGGUUCUGCUGCGAUGCCUCAUGUGGUCGAUCAUCCAGACUCUACAAUGGGUGAUUUUUGUCUUCCCAUUGAUGAAGCCCUGCAGUUCCCACAACAAGAGAAGAAAGUCAGACGUAGUAUGAGACUGCGCAGAGAUUCUGGAGUCAUCGGAACGGCUUGGGUGCAGGAGAACAAAGAAAGUGAAAUGGCCGGAAGGAGGAAAUCUUUAAGUUCAGUCACAAGGCUUGAGGAGAGAUCUGAAUUGUCAUUGGGUAAUACAGUUCACAGCCCAAACAAGGAAAACAUAGGCAGCUGCGAGGUGCCUACCAUAACCCGGAGAACAAGGAGAAGAACCCUAUGUACCACCACCAUUCAAGAAAGCCAAUGUACCACAGAUCCAAAGAGGAGGAGGUCCAGCUGUUACCACAAAGCUCCUAACACUAUUUCAGUAUCAGCGGAGGAUGUUCACAGCACCCUUGUACCAGAUGGCUAGGACAAACCUGCACCUCAUGGACCUGAUCUGACAGUACUUUUGGUAUAGACAGGACAACUGGAAAAGGAAGCAGAAAUGUCAUGUUGGAUCCCACCAGGAGCAUGGUACUUGCCAUAUGGUGGAUUCUCCUUGUUGCCUCCCUGAGAAGUGAUUCAGUCUGGAAUUGUACACUCGCACUGCACAUGUUCCCAUACUGGUAUGCUGUAAAUUUACUUUCCCACUUUGCCAUAGGCAUAAAACAUUGCAUUAGUUGAAGUUGUGGCCUUAGAACCUUAUUUUUCUUUUAUAUGUUUGUUUUUUGUUUCUCUAUUAAAUGUUUUCUUUCUAUUUGC